AUGAAGUUAAUUGGGUUAUAUGCAGACCUGGAAAUUGUUGUCAGCACGAAAGACAACCCGGUACAGUGCCAUGUAAAGGCGCCGUCACUGCUUGGGAAUUACAACCGUGAGUACGAAGUUACAGAAUUAGGUUAAAUUUCUGUUUAGUGCUUUGGUAUAACGCCGCGGUCAAUUUGAUGGACAAAGUUAUCAGAGUGCAGGAGUCAUUCCUGUUUCGAUUGAACGACAUUGAGUUUAAGGAGGCUCCAGCGCGCCUAUCUGGGAUCGCAAAGGCAAAUGGAUUUGACUUGAUUAGGGUUUUCUUCAAACCGAAACCGUCGGAUCCCCGAUGUAGAAUGUUGCGAUUGUUUCUGAUGGCGAAAUGUGAUGAUUCGUUCAAGCUUUGGUGCAGCCUUAAAGCCGAUGGGAUUGAAGCUAUAGAUGAUAAGGAUUGGCCGAAGAAUUCGAACGGAACCGAUAAAUUCGAAAGGCCCACGCUUUCGAAAGUCAGAUUAGAAGUUGAAGUGGUAAAAAUGGAAAAAGGACCCAUCAACUCACAAGAAAUCGGUUAGAUUAUGAAGAAAGGUUAACCGUCAUUGUAGUUUUAAUUUGUAUCAACAACACAUUGCUACAAAAAGCAAAGGCAACCAGAGUAAACCUCCUUGUGUCUCCGCAUUACGGCCAACAAGAACGAAGAAACAAAAUCGCAAAAGUGGAGAGGUGGACACCUAUCGACGUGGACACCGCGUCGAUUCAAAAAUUCAACUCCACAACAUUCCCUCAAGAUCUCACACCCGACCAAAUAGAAGGAGUAGAACACGCAUUCAGCCAAGAGCUAGGCAUUGUAAUGGAAAGCAUGAACACAAUUGAAAACUUUUGCUUAGGGUCCGACAUGAUGCGGCAAAAGCCUGCUGGCGGUUUUCAUCGCAUUGUUCAACUGGCACUGUUUGAGAAGAAGGACCCUGCUUUUGGUAACAACCCCAGCGGCCGCGAUGAACCUUCUGGGCCUACUGAAGCGCUUAGAGAAGCAGAUGAAAGACAAAGCGGACUGCGAAUUCUCCAACGUCACGUAUUAUUGCCGCCGAAUGGAUCUACAGGGUGA